AUGGGUUCAGACAGCACGUCUAAUGCUCAAAAAAGGACCUCCACAGUACUCCCGAUAACCACCGGUGCCGCCGCCAACGGCGGUGCCCGCGGCCGUGCCAAUUCGGUUCUUCCUCGUGGUCGGCAGAUCCAUAAGACGUUCAAUAAUAUCAAGAUCACUAUACUGUGCUUACUUGUUACAAUUCUCGUACUCCGUGGUACAAUCGGUCUUGGGAAUCUUGCUUCUACAGAGGCUGAUGCUGAGAAUCAGCUUUUAAUCGAGGAGACCAACCGUAUCCUUGCCGAGAUCCGAUCGGAUAAAGACCCGAACGACCCGGAUGAUCAAUCCGAAGAAUUGUUUAAUCCGAAUAUUACUUAUAGUUUAGGGCCGAAAAUUAGCUCCUGGGAUACAGACCGCAGGACGUGGCUUCGGAAAAACCCGCACUUCCCGAAUUAUGUUAACAAAAAAGCUAGGAUUUUGCUUGUUACAGGGUCCCCUCCGAACCCUUGUGAUAAUGCAAUUGGGGAUCAUUACUUAUUGAAGGGUAUUAAGAAUAAGAUUGAUUAUUGUAGAAUUCAUGGGAUUGAGAUUGUGUACAAUAUGGCUCAUCUGGAUAUGGAAAUGGCGGGGUACUGGGCGAAGCUGCCAUUGAUUCGAAGGCUCAUGUUGUCCCAUCCUGAAGUGGAGUGGAUUUGGUGGAUGGAUAGUGAUGCAUUGUUUACUGAUAUGACGUUUGAGAUACCUCUUUCGAAAUAUAAUGAGUUUAAUCUCGUUAUCCAUGGGUACCCUGAUUUGUUGUUCGAUCAAAAAUCCUGGAUCGCAUUGAACACAGGUAGUUUCUUGUUUAGGAAUUGCCAGUGGUCUUUGGAUUUGUUGGACGCUUGGGCACCUAUGGGACCCAAGGGUCCGAUUCGAGAGGAGGCUGGGAAGAUAUUAACUGCAAAUUUAAAGGGCCGCCCAGCAUUUGAGGCAGAUGAUCAGUCUGCUCUGAUAUACUUGUUGAUUUCAAAGAGGGAUGAGUGGAUGAGCAAGGUGUUCGUCGAGAACUCGUAUUAUUUGCAUGGAUAUUGGGCUGGACUGGUGGAUCGGUACGAGGAAAUGAUCGAGAAGUACCAUCCAGGGUUGGGCGAUGAGAGGUGGCCAUUCGUGACUCAUUUUGUUGGUUGCAAACCUUGUGGGAGUUAUGGGGAUUACCCGGUUGAGCGGUGCUUGAAGAGUAUGGAGAGAGCGUUCAACUUUGCGGAUAAUCAAGUGCUGAAGUUGUACGGAUUCAGGCACCGGGGCUUGGUGAGUCCGAAUAUUAAGAGGAUCAGGAACGAGUCCGUUACUCCUCUGGUAAAUGUAGAUCAGUUCUCUUUGCAUGAGAUCAGUGGUUAG